AACAUUAAUUUGGUAAACUUGUGAAAUUAAUACUAUUUUUGAAAAUAAAAAAGAAUUUGAACUCUAUUAUUUUGAAAUCAAUUUAUACCGGUUUUUAUGAAUAUGAUUAGAAAUAUUAGUUUCCCGUUUCUAUUGACCAAUUUAUUGUCCACACAAAAUUAAUUUUAUGUAUUCCUUUCAGUCUUCUAAGUGUCGUCAAUGUUAACUUAUGAAACAUCUAAAUAGAAAGUAGUCUCAAAAUUGUUCGUAUUUAUAUAUUAUAAUUUAUAAACAAAAUGAAAAUUUUAUUUCAAGUCUGUGUCAUCUUUGUGAUUUUUAAUGAAAUUUUGAGCCUUGUAUAUACAGGAGAUACAAUUAUUUGUCCGCCAAAUAUGGAACCUUACUCAAUUUAUGAGAAUAGUACUGAAGAGGUCUGUGAUUGUGAAGAGAAUUUUUUAUAUUACAUUAAAGAUGAUUCUUGUUACGAACCCUUUAGACAAGGACCUUGUCCAGAUGAACAUUACUUAACUCUUUCUCCUACAGACACAGUUGCAAAAUGUGUAAAAAAUCCAUGUGGUAUAGAUGGUUUUGUUCCUUAUAAUGGAAAAUGUCAAAUCCUAUGGGCGCAAGGAAAACCCUGUGAAGAUGAAUUUCUUUAUUUAGGCAUCAACAAAGAUUUUCAAAUUGAAUGCAGUGUAUUAGGAUAUAUGGGAAUCCAAGAAAAUUUGAAAACGUCAAAAUCAUGCCCAAAAAAUUCGUACCUUACUUCAACAAAUGAGGAUAAUACAAGUUAUGCUUGUGUUUGCAAACCAACAUUUUUAUAUUCCACAAUAGAUAAUUCCUGCCAUCAGGCUUAUAAACAGGGUCCUUGCCCAACGGGAAAUUAUAUUAUACUUCCUAGCGAAGAACAAGUUCCAAGAUGUGCUAACAAUCCUUGUCAUAAAAAUGGUUUAGUUCCGUUCGCAGGUGGAUGUCAUGAAGUUGGCAAAAGUGGACCUCCUUGUUCAAAUGAUUUCAAAUUAAUUGUGGAUAAAAAAACUUUUAAGUUGCGUUGUAUUGAUAUUUAUUUUAUAGAUUACGACGAUUUUGUAGGUGUUGGUGGCAUUAUAAAUGCACCUCGCAAAGCUUGUCCAGCAGGAAGUCGAAGAGUUCUCUCACACUGUAAACACAUGUUUCAAUAAAAAAUUGUCAAGUUAAAA